AUGUAUAUAAAAUCAUGCUCAUUAUGGGACCCAAAGAAAUUUUAUGGUACUCUACAAUAUGCAGCUGAUAUAGAGUCCGAUGAGAGUGACGAUCCAGAUUUAUCUGGCGACGAUGCUGAAGGUGGUGUACAUUCAAAAAUACAAACCAACCAAAAUGAUCCAGAUUCGGAGUCCGACUAUUCAUCUGAUGAUGAUUUGCCCCUAUCAGAAAUUCAAAGACGAAUAUCGAAGAAUAUUGAAUGGCACGAAGAGCACCUGUCUAGAGACACAGUGUAUAGAAGCAAGAAAUUGGCUAUAAUGGCAAAAGAAUAUUCUGAUGUUGAGAAUCAGCGCGAGUGUCCUGGAAAAGUUGAAAAUUUAAUAACCAUGGAGACUGUAGAUACUGUAUCUGAUGAUUUAUUACUAGCAAUGCAAAUGUGUACAAAGCCAUUUCUUAUUUCCGAUGACUCUUUGAUGCUGGAUGUAACUCCAUUGUAUUUACAUACAAGACCUAUAUGA